CUGGAGAACGACUCUUGACAUUCAGGCAGAAUGGUCAUCAAUUUUAUCAAUUUUAGACCAACAACGAAAUAUUACAAAAUAUGCAGGGCCGGGAGGCUGGAAUGAUCCUGAUAUGCUUGAAAUAGGUAAUGGCGAUCUUACUCUUAAUGAACAAAAAAGUCAUUUCUCUCUUUGGGCCGCUUUGAAGGCUCCUUUAUUACUUGGAUUUGAUGUCAGAAAUCCCCCAAAAGAUUCAAUGACUGUGGUAUUAAAUACAGAAAUAAUAGCUAUAAAUCAAGAUCCCCUUGGACGAUCUGUAGAUAUUGUCGAAUACGAUGAUUCUUAUGAGAUUUGGACUGGACCACUUAUUGAUGGUUAUGUUGCACAAACUAAAAUCAAGAUUACAUUAAACUUUAAAUCACAUCUUGGCCUUAAAGGUGAAAUUGCAGUUAGAGACCUUUGGGAUAAGAAACAACCUAAUAAAGGAAAUUUUACAGAGAGCUAUUACUCAAUAGUUCCAAUUCAUAGUAUAACAGUUUUAAAGCUUCAAGGUGGUAUAAAAAUCUCUUAA